UUGCAUACGCAAGUAUCUAAAUAUUUAUUAAAAGCUUCUUUUUGCAAAUUAAUGUGCCGUUACUGUAAUUUUUUCCUUUUUAAACAAUUAGAACACUUGAAACAAGAAAAAAGGCGGCUUAAGCGAGCCUUAAAGUCCGAGGAAAUUAAAUGCACUGAUGACGGAUGUGAUGAAGACCAACCUAUUAAAAUGUCUACAGAUACCCUCGAAAAAAGUUUGAAUGCUAUAAAAUCCUUCCAACACUGGAGUAAGUCUUCUUCGGCAUCAGUAAAUUCAUUGCUUACCAUCCAGCCAAAAACGAAGAACAAUCCAGGGAUAUGCUCGACGGAUGAACCAACGGAACAAACAAUAAAGAUAAUAGAUAUUCCUUUUUUGGAACAAACUGACGGGAUAGAUGUAAUAAAUCUACCAUCGAUUUUAGAGAAUGUUUCUGUUCAGAAGAAAUACAUAAACCACAAGAGCAACUGCAAGAAAUAAUAUUAAGUCAAAUAGCGUCUGCCAAAAGAAGCAUUCUAUACGACUUGGACAAAAAAAAUAAACGAAAUCAAACAUACAAUUGUAUUAAACAGUUCAACAGGAAAUACAGCACAAGGUGGUGUAGAAAAAAUCAAAAGCGACUUGGAAAUAAUUCUGCCCACAGUAACAUUGGAGGAUUUCUUAGAAUUUGAAAAUUUAUUCUGAAAGCAAAAGAGAAUCAUUAGUAAAUAAUUUUAAAUAAGUAGAAAAUAUAUCUACGAAGAUACAUCUACAUUUUUUGCAAAAAAAUUUUUAAUAUUUUUGUUACAGAUGUCACUGUUCCGAAUUUUAAUUGUUGGAAAUGCAGACGUAAAAGACAGUAUUGCUAAAACUUUAAAAUCAGUGAUGGUUAAAGCGAUCGAAUUACAAUAUUCGGGAACUGGAAAAGUGAUUAAAAGUCACGGAAAAAGAAAUUUCAGUGCAACAAACACAUAUCUAUGUUUAAGAAGUAAAUAUCUUUUAAUAUUAACUCUUAUGUCUUAUAUAAUUUGUGACUAGAAUAUUAAUUAUAUAUCAUUUUUCACAAAUACUUUAAUCGAAAAAUAUGGAAAUACCCUGGAUGUAAAAAAAUUACCGGGCCAAGUAGGCAUGUGGCUGUCCCGAGCUGGCGACAGAAAAGGCAGCCGAAAACAACGAGAAAAAAAUGCAAAUAAUAUAUAACAACUUCAGUCCUACUUAAAAAGCGUUGAGCGAGAAAUAUUAUAUAUAUAUAU